AUGCCGUUCAGUAUUCUCACACCUCCAGUCAUCACGGCUUCUUGCAUCGCCCAGAAACUCAAGCCGUACGGUUCGGACAAGAAACCAGAGAAAGGAUUGAAAUUUCGAGACGUCGAGCUCAGCAGAAGAGAAGUCCUGAACAUAUUUGGAUCACAAGCCCCUCCUACAUCCUUCGCCAAUCGACUUCUCCGAGUCCUCCACGGACGUCGCCACGAUGGCACUUUGGAUCUUCCGCUUCCGGACGAUGUGCAAUCACAGCUACAUAAAUAUCCCUAUGCUUUCGAUGACGGCCUGCACUGGCUGCGACAGACGUAUCCAAUUGACGAAGAUGCUGCCAUUAUGGCCCGCAUUGAUCGAGAAGAGCAUGAGCUGGAAAGAGACAACCCUGCGGAUCUGAUUCAAAGAGGGCAAGAUCUGGGACUUUAUAGAGGACCUCAGAGUGGACACUACGAGGCCAAACUAAGCGACAAAGAAGGUGAUGUCUGGGGUGUUAGUGAAUUGGAGAAAAUUCGAGAAGAGAACAUGGCCAGGGCGGCGAAGGAAGAGGAGGAAUUGGAUGCGCAGAUCGAGGAGCAAAUAGCACGACUCAAAUCGGAACAGACCAAAGCAAUUGCACAACGACCCGAGCACGGACUUCAGUCGGCAAAGGAGGUUCGACCCCCGAAUUCCGUGGAGAGAUGGGUUCUCAAGGCACGGAAUCGAGCCACGUCGAAACUGGCGCUUGAAUCACCGGAGAUUGCGGAGAUGACGAUAAGCCAACGACUUUUUCCAUCAUUUAUCUUCGUGGCCUUGCUCUGCGGUGGCGGCUACCUCUUUGCCCAGUACUGGGAGAGACCGAAACAGUCUGAACGAUUGUUCCCCGAUGUUUCCAUGUCCUUCGCGACCGUUGGCACUCUGGUCUUACUCAAUUUUGCUAUAUUCGGUGCUUGGCGGAUUCCCCCUCUGUGGCGGCCUCUAAACAAGUACUUCAUCAUCGUUCCGGGAUAUCCCUAUGCGUUCAGCAUGCUCGGCAGUCUCUUCAGCCAUCAAAAAUUCACCCAUUUUCUCCUGAACAUGGGACCUUUAAUCCUUUUCGGCCUUCCUCUCCAUGAGGAAGUAGGCCGGGGGACCUUUAUGGCAAUCUAUCUCUCAUCAGGGUUGAUUGCAGGUUUUACUGGUCUGGCCCGCUUCGCCAUUCAGCGCUUGCUGACGACGAGCACAUUGGGAGCGAGUGGAUGUGUUUAUGGGACCCUUGCGGCCUAUUUGACUCUUCACGCUGAUGACAAAUACGCUCUUUUCUUUCUGCCUCCCGACUUGGCCGAAUCAUUCUCAUUCCGAGGGAGUUCCCUUCUGGCCGGUAUAACCCUGAUGCAAGUCAUCGGUAAUUUCAGAGCGCUGCACAAAAUAGGUUAUCUCGAUCAUCUGGUUGGCAUUGUAGUGGGAUGCGCUAGUGCAUAUGCCUGGCAAAUGAACCAGCCGAAGAGAGAUCCCCCAAAGAAGCAGCAAAAUUGGUGGGAGAAUCUUGUCGGCAGGAAACCGUGA